CUUUGAGUCACGCCUAUGACAUAAAUAUGUAUAUUUCACCGUGUUUCGUAGUUUCAACAUUUAUACUAGGAUAGAACUCGAACAACACGGACAUCAGAUUGAACAGAUUGAUCAGACAACGUAGGUAAACAAUGGCGACAGAUGACGUAACUGCCAUUAAGAUUGGUGACGGAGAAAAGAGAGUCCGGAUUGUUCAUUUGUCUGAUACGCAUUUUCAUCACGACCAAAUUUACCUGCCGCGACUUCCGCCCGGGGACGUGCUUGUCCAUUCCGGCGAUUUCUGUACAACGGGCUGGUCUCGUUUGUUCAAAACUCCGGACUAUGAUCACCAUAUUCAACAAAUCAACGAUUUUUUCAGUAAAGUGCCCCACAAACAUAAAUUAUUUGUCGGCGGAAACCAUGACAUGGCAAUCGCCGGCAGACGUCAAGAGGACAUUCAGAAGAUUCUCCCGGAAGUGACGUAUCUACAAGAUUCCGGGGUAAAUAUUGAAGGGAUUAAUUUCUAUGGAUCGCCGUGGACCGCUUACAAAUGGAAAUCUUAUAACCGGGCUUUUGUUCGAAAAUGGGGAAAGUUCGAACAUCACUGGGACGACAUUCCAACCGGAACUGACGUAUUAGUGACGCACAUGCCCCCUCAUGGCAUCCGGGAUAUGGGCAGACAGGAUUUUUCGCUCUUUCAGAACAGACGGGAUACCUGUAACGUCUGUUCUCAAACUCACGAGGGGCGGUGCCAUCUUGGAUGUCCCAAACUUCGACACGCAAUCUUAAACAGAGUGAAGCCAAAACUCCAUUGUUUCGGUCACUUACACGGAAGUGCAGGACUCCAUGUGAUCGAUGAAACGACUUUCUCUAACGCAGCUCUCAGCAUCCGGGUAUUUGACUAUUACGUAUGAUUCACAUAGGCUGUAACGGAAGUGGCGUAAUGUCAUAUCUGGUGGGCGUGGCUUAUAUCAACGUAUGACAUUUGCUCUUUAGAACAAUAUACUGUGAUGGAGGUGGCGUGAUGUCAUAUCUGGUGGGCGUGGCUAAGAUCAACGUGUGACAGACGUUGUUUAGAACAAUAGACUGUGAUGGAGGUGGCGUGCUGUCAUAUCUGGUGGGCGUGGCUAAGAUCAACGUGUGACAGACGUUGUUUAGAACAUAGAUGGACGUGAUGGCCGAGUCCUACGCGAGGUUCAACACUUCAAGGGAAUUAUCAGAUACGUGUGAUGGCCGAUUGGCGUGACUGGAUAUCUCCUGUUUGACGUGGCUAGAUUUCACGUGUGAUGGACGUGAUUAUAUAUCACGUGUGAUAGACGUGGCUAGAUAUCGCGUGAGAUGGACGUGAUUAUAUAUCACGUGUGAUGGGCGUGGUUAGAUAUCACGUGUGAUGGGCGAGUUCAAAUAUAAUAUGAGAUGGACGAGAUUAGAUAUCGCGUGAGAUGGGCGUGGUUAGAUAUCGCGUGAGAUGGACGUGCUUAGAUAUCACGUGAUAUGGACGAGAGUAUAUAUCGCGUGAGAUGAGCGUGGUUAGAUAUCACGUGAUAUGGACGAGAGUAGAGUGAAUUGGUAUUUUAUUAUGACUAUUGACAUAACUGUAUAGUGCAAUAUGAACUUAAACUUAAACAUGAAUAGUUUUUUUCACUCAUUACUUGCUUCGUGUUGUGUUUGUAAAUAUAUGAAUUCCUUAUUGUCCAGUUAUAAUAUAUUGUUAUUUUGAGAUUAAAGAGUUAUUGUUAAAUUAUCGUAAUAUGUCCAUGAAAAUUAAAACAUUCAUACUUCUGAAAUUCCGCUUUUAUCAUUUACAUUUAUAUAUAUAAUUAUUACAAACCAUCAAUCGCAUAUCCGUCAUUUUGUACAUUGAUUUAUGUCCGUCACCGGAAGUUGUUUCUAUGUUUAGUUUUGGAGAGAAUAAAGACAGAAACAUGUG